AAAUUUUUCUCAAACUAAACAAGGCCUAAACAACCACGCUUGAUUUUAGAACUGAUUUAAUUCGUGGAAAGAAAAACUGAGACCUAAACUUCCACUUUUGCCCUGCCUCUAUCUGCCUCCUUCCUCUCCCGUUUUUACUUCCCUGAACGGAUCGGCAAAAAAGAUCGGCCUCCCUCGACGCCCGCCGCCUCUUCCUCCCACGACGGCGGCGCCGCCCGACGCGCCUCUCCCUCCCACGCGCAGCCCCGCCCCCAGGCGCACGCCAUGGCCGCUCCCAGCCAUCAGUGCUGAAAUUUUGACAGCCACUGCCCCUCGCUGCUAGCCACACGCGCAUCCCAGCACGCCAUCUCCAGCGGCCGUUACGAAGGGUGAGGUGGUGCUCGCUCGCGAGGGCACCGCCGCCGCUCAGAUCCAUCCGAAUUCGCCGUGGCGGCGUUCGGUGUGCAGCUGAAAUUGGUGGAAGCAGAAUCACCAGACAGCGAAAAGCAGGAAGCAAGCUGCGCGGCUACAGUGCUGGGUCUACGUGGCGCGACGAAGGCUGGCCGACAGCCAAACGUGGGCAAAGGUCACGGCUUUCGGAGCAAGGAGACGACCAUCUGUGAUGCGGCGACGUUUCCGCUUUCUCCAUGGCGAGUUGACAUCUGAUUGACUUGGGAACCCUUGAAGCAGUGGGUAACUAUAUUUAGUGAAAGGAAAAGAACUUGAGAACAUCACUACCAUCACAAUUUCUGAAUGAUUCUGUUGUCACUGCUCUCCUUCAUUUGGGAAGUUCCUCCAUGAUUCCUACUUUAAACUGGUGCUUCACAAUCUGCCUGGUAGGGCGCCGCGAAGCACACAAAAUCUUCUAGUUGAUUUCACUUGCACUGAUCCCUCCCACUCUCAUAUUUUCUAGGUGCAAUCGCGGCAAGGGAGCCAGCCAACUAGAGCCCAUCUUCAAUUCUUCAUCUCAAACCUCGAUUUCUAGUCUCUUCUCCCAAAUCACGCAAGAAUAGUAGAGCCAUGUCGUCAUCCACUGCUGCCAGCAAACGCCGCAAGCUAGCACGCUCCGCCUCUACCAUCAUCGCAACCGCCUCCAAAGGUUACCACAUUCUCAAGAUCGAUGGCUACUCCCACACAAAGGCUAAACCGACCGGAGAAUCCAUCGAGUCCAACACUUUCACAGUGGGCGAUCACACCUGGUACAUCGGCUACUAUCCCAAUGGAGAUGAUUCAGAGUGCAGCGCUUACAUAUCACUCUUUCUUUUCCUGAAUGAGACUGUCCCCAAACCACUGGAAGUGCAAUAUGAUUUCCGUUUCAUCGACGAGGUGGUGGAGGAAGCUCCUCCAUCGUCGUUAGCGUCAGCAGAUAUAGUCACCUUCGAGUGUCGCAACGACUGCUCGGGCUACCCAAAGUUUAUCAAGAGGGAAGAUUUGGAGAGAUCCAGGCAUCUCAAGGAUGACUCAUUCAUCGUCCGCUGCGACAUCGCUGUCAUCAACAAGUUCCGCGUGGAGGAGCUGGCCAAUGCCCCGACCACGACCUCCGUCUCCCUGCCGCCACCAUCAGACCUACAUCGACACUUUGGCUACCUCCUCCAGACCGAAAAGGGCGCCGAUGUGGUGUUCCAGGUGAGCGGCGAGACGUUCAAGGCGCAUAGGUGCGUGCUCGCAGCCAGGUCACCGGUCUUCAGUGCAGAGCUCUUCGGCCAGAUGAAGGAGAGCGACGCCACCGCUGGUGGUGUCAUCCACAUAGAUGACAUGGAGGCACAUGUCUUCAAAGCUAUGCUCUUCUUCGUCUACACCGACUCGUUGCCAGAGAUGGGCAAGGAAGAUCAAACUGCCAUGUUCCAACAUAUGCUUGUGGCGGCAGACAGGUACCACUUGGAGAGGCUCAAGCUGAUCUGUGAGCACAAACUCUGCCGUUGCAUAAAGGCGGCCACUUUGGCAACUAUCUUGCCGUUAGCAGAGCAGCACCACUGCCAGGGGCUCAAGAAGGCGUGCUUCAGCUUUCUCAGCUCUCCGGCAAAUCUGGCUGCUGUCCUUGCAAGCGAUGGCUUCGAGCAUCUGAAUGCAAGCUGCCCUUCUGUCAUAAAAGAGUUGAUUGCCAAGCUUGGUACGUAAAUACAUUGGUAGUCACUGUAUUCCGGACUUCUGUUAUCAGGUUUAAUCUUGCAUUGUCUACUAUUAUGGGGUCCUAUGUAGUAGUAUCUUCAAAUACAGUUCCGUAUUUAUUUUCUCUCUGUUAUGUUUUCGCA